AUGAGGUUCGAAACAGCGAUUUCUUGGUCAUUGGCGUUGGCCAGUACUAGCGCUCUUCCCUCGAGCGACAAUCACUGGAAACGCGGUAAUGAAUGCGGUCCUGGCCCGGCACACGAGCAAGACUGGGAUGUGAUUGUUGUCGGUGGGUAGUUCUCCAAAGACCAGAUAUUUGGAGAGAUAGCCGACUGAUCUUGUAUUCUCCAGGCGCGGGUCCAGCCGGCAUUGUCGUUGCCGACCGCAUGAGCGAAGCCGGCAAAAAGACUCUUCUCCUAGAACAAGGCGGUCCGUCAUACUACAUCACAGGAGGUCGAGAACGACCGGGCUGGAUCAACGGAACCGACUUAAGCCGAGUGGAUGUUCCGGGCUUCUAUAAGGCCAUCUACAGCAACCCAACUUAUUCCUUGCUAUGUAACGCGACUCAGUAUGGAGCGUACGGAGCAUGUACCAUCGGAGGCAAUCAGGCCAUUAAUGCUGGUCUUUUCUUCCAGCCCCCUGCUUCUGAUUUUGACCUGUACUUCCCACAGAAGUGGAAGUCAAAGGACGUUGCCAGUGCGAUUUCGAAGCUGCGUGCGAAGCAGCCCUUUACUAACAACCCUUCCAAGAACGGGAAAUAUUACGUUCAGUCCGGGUAUGAGGCCGCGAAGAAGUGGCUUGUGGACGGCGCUGGGUACAAGGAUGUUGCGUUCAAUAAAGUCCCCAACGAGAAGACCAAGACCUUUGGUAGACCGGAGUUCAAUUACGUCGCAGGACAACGAUCCGGUGCAGUCGAGACAUACCUUCAGUCUGCCCUGUCGAGGUCCAACUUCAAGCUCCAAAGCGGUACUGCAGUCAAGCGUGUAAUCAGGGAUGGCAAGACUGCAACCGGCGUCCACACUAAGACCAACACCACCGAAUCCACCAUCAAGCUUCGACCCGGCGGUCGUGUCAUUCUAAGCGGGGGUGCCCUCUUCAGCCCCCAACUUCUUAUGCUCUCCGGGGUUGGCGAUCCUGCCAUGCUCAAGAAUCUUUCCAGCCAUGGUCUUCUCCAAGCUAACGCAUCCUCCUGGAUUAACAACACCGCGGUCGGCGAAGGUCUCUUCGACAAUCCCAACACCUUCAUCGAACUCCAGGGCCCCACCAUCCAAUCUUACGUCUACAACUACUCCUCCCCCAUAUCUUCUGAUGCUCAACUCUACCUCCAAGACCGCUCGGGCCCGUACGCUUUCGCUUCCGAAACGUCUGCUUUCUGGGACGUCAUCCACAACGCCGACGGGACUGUCACCGGUGUCCAGGGCACCAUCGAUUCCGCCGGUUACGGCGACUACACGCAGAAUAACACCAUCACCCUCAACGUCUACGGCACCUCCGGCAUGAAAUCCACCGGUCGCGUCGCACUCAAUCUGACCACUGGUGCCCCCAUGCAAGCCGCUCCCUUCUUCUUCACCGACCCUUCCGAUUCCGACGCCCGCGCCAUCGCGACUUUCAUCUACAAUCUCUUCCAGGCCCUCCCCAACUCCACUUCCGGCCUCGUCCCUCGCAACCUCGCGCAGAACUCCACACUCGCGGAAAUUCAACAGUACAUCUCCAACCCCACCGAGGGAUCGUAUACCGUCGGCAAUGUCAAUCAUUGGAGUUCGUCGUGUCGGAUCGGGAAAUGCGUGGAUUUGAAUUCGAAGGUGGUGGGCAUGGAGAAUCUCUUUGUCGUGGAUGCCAGUAUCGUCGCGCCUCUGACGGUGAAUCCGAGUUUUGGCGUUAUGAUUGCCGCGGAGAGGGCGAGUGAGUUGAUUUUGGAUCUGUAG